ACUCCCCACUUUCACCUAGAAGACUGAAGACUCCCUCCGGCAGUCCGGCGUCCACUCAACGCCGCAGCAUACCGCCGACCGCCGAUGCCUCUCCCAGCCGUCACCACUCACCGUCCGCCAUUCCCAUUUUUCUAAAAUAUAUCUUCUCCAUCCACACUCCAACCAGUAUUACAUAUCCCAAAUCUUUUUGCCCUACACAACAACAAUGGCCGCCGCCGCUUUCUUCUUCCUUCUCUUAAUCUCCGCCGCGCCGGUGAUCCCGGCGGAAGUGAAUGUGGAUAAUACCCAAGCGGAGAUCCAAGCUUUGAGCGCCAUUAAGACGAGCCUCCGAGACCCCCUCGGCGCGUUAACCGGCUGGGACCCAUCCUCGCCGUCGGCACCUUGCGACUGGCCAGGAAUCGGCUGCUCCGACCGCCGGGUUAGCGAGCUCCGUCUACCUCAUCUCCAGCUCACCGGAAACCUCUCUCCCCAAAUCGCUAAUCUCCGUAUGCUGCGGAAGCUCAAUCUCCGUUCCAAUUUCUUCAACGGCACCAUUCCCGCGGCCCUCUUCCGGUGCCCUCUCCUGCAAUCGAUCUUCCUCCAAUACAAUUCCUUCUCCGGUAACCUCCCGCCGGAGGUAUCUAACCUCACCAGUCUUCUAGUCCUUAAUGUUGCUAGCAACAGCUUAUCCGGCGAAGUCCCUAGAGACCUGCCUCGAAGCCUCCGGUUCCUGGACCUUUCGUCCAACGCAUUUUCCGGCGAAAUACCGAGGAACAUUUCCGGCGGGUCCCAGCUGCAGCUCGUCAAUUUGUCGUACAACCGGAUUUCCGGCGAGAUUCCCGCUACUAUCGGGGAGAUCGAGAAUCUUCAGUAUCUCUGGCUGGACUAUAACAGCUUGCAAGGCACGCUGCCUUCUGCUCUGGCCAAUUGUUCGGCGCUCGUGCAUUUCAGUGCCGAGGGCAACGCAAUCGGCGGCGUGGUGCCGGCGGCGAUCGGCGCGCUUCCGAAGCUUCAGGUUCUCUCCUUGUCGCACAACAAUUUAUCCGGCGGCGUGCCGGCGUCUCUGUUCUGUAAGAAUUCUGAUACUCAUACUCCGCCAUCGAUUCGUGACGUCCGAUUAGGGUUCAAUUUUUUCACCGGAAUUGGUACGCCGCCGGCGUCCGCCAUAUGUUCGAGCGCAGUACAGGUUUUAGAUCUUCAGGAAAACCAGAUAUCUGGUGGAUUUCCGCCGUUUCUUACCAAUGUCUCCUCAUUAACAUCGAUUGAUCUUUCCGGAAAUUCUCUUUCCGGUUCGAUUCCCGGCGACAUUGGAACUCUGCAGCUCUUGGAAGAGCUCAAACUGGCGAAUAAUUCCUUCAAUGGUACAAUUCCAUCCGACCUCAGAAACUGUCGAAACUUGACAGUUCUCGAUCUCGACGGGAAUUCAUUUUCCGGCCGAAUUCCUGAAUUCAUGUCUGAACUGACCAAUUUGAAGAUACUAUCUCUCGGUGGGAACAACUUUUCUGGUUCAAUUCUUUCCAGUUUCAGUAAUCUGACAUCACUUGAAACUCUAAACUUGAGAGGCAAUGGCCUGACGGGGAUGCUCGACGAACUGAUGGUUUUAGGCAAUUUAAGUUCGUUAGAUCUAAGCGGGAACAACUUCUCCGGCGCAGUUCCGGCGAGCAUCGGAAAUUUGAAGCAACUAACAUCUCUAAAUUUGAGUGGCAAUGGAUUUUCCGGCAGCAUCCCGGAGAGCAUUGGAAGUUUGUUUAAACUGUCAUCUCUUGAUCUGAGCAGACAGAAUCUCUCGGGGGUAUUGCCGACGAAUCUCAUCGGCCUCCCUAACCUGCAAGUGAUCGCAUUGCAGGAAAACACAUUUUCUGGUGAGGUUUCCGAAGGGCUAAGUAGCUUAUUAGGCUUGCGGUACUUGAAUCUUUCUUACAAUUCAUUUUCCGGCGGCAUUUCUCCGACAUUUGGGUUCUUACAGUCGCUAGCUGUUCUGUCAUUAUCCAACAACCACAUUUCUGGAUCAGUUCCGCCGGAAUUGAGCAACUGCUCGUCGCUCGAAGUCAUCGAUCUUUCGUCGAAUUCAUUAAUCGGAAGUAUUCCGAUAGAUUUUUCGCGCCUCGCACGAUUGAGGGUUCUUGAUUUGGGUAACAACAAUCUCUCCGGCCUAAUCCCGGAGCAGCUUUCGAAUUGUUCCUCGUUAGCUUCGCUUUCGCUCGAUUCAAACAAUUUGACGGGGGAAAUUCCAGCGAAUCUUUCGCUGAUCUCUAGCUUGGUCGAUUUCAAUGUGUCGAACAACAACUUAGACGGUGAAAUCCCGCCAUCAUUGAGUUCUAGAUUGGAUGAUCAAUCGUUGUUCGCGGGAAAUCCCGACCUCUGCGGGAAGCCUUUAGGUCGAAACUGCGAUGAUGACGAUAAUGGCGCUGGUAAGAACCGAUUCAUCAUGUUCGUAGCCGUGGCCGCCAGUGGAAUCCUCCUCCUGCUGUCGUGUUGCUGCUUCUACAUCUACAGUUUCUUGAAAUGGCGCGAGAAGGUUCGUAGAACGUCGACGGGGGAGAAGAAGCCGAGCCCGGGGAGAGCGAGCUCGAGGGCCAGCGGAGGUCGUCGCAGCAGUGAAAACGGUGGGCCGAAGCUCGUUAUGUUCAAUAACAAGAUCACUCUUGCCGAGACGCUCGAAGCGACGAGACAAUUCGACGAGGAGAAUGUUCUUAGCCGGACGCGUCACGGCGUGCUGUUCAAGGCGUGUUACAACGACGGGAUGGUGCUGGCAAUCCGUCGCCUAUCGAACGGUACCGUCGACUUGAACACGUUUCGAAAAGAGGCGGAGGCGAUGGGGAGAGUCAAGCAUCGGAAUCUGACGGUGCUGCGUGGGUACUAUGCAGCCCCGCCCGACCCAAAACUCCUCGUCUACGACUACAUGCCGAACGGAAACCUCGCGACGUUGCUGCAGGAAGCGUCGCACCAGGACGGGCACGUCCUGAAUUGGCCAAUGCGGCACCUGAUCGCGCUCGGGAUCGCCCGAGGCCUCGCGUUCCUGCAUGCAUCGUCGAUGGUGCACGGCGACGUCAAGCCGCACAACGUUCUUUUCGAUGCCGAUUUCGAAGCCCAUUUGUCGGAUUUUGGCCUGGAGAAGCUCAUGAGUUCGUCCCGAGGGGAAGCAUCGACGUCGGCGUCGGUCGGGACGUUGGGAUAUACGGCGCCUGAGGCAAUGCUGACGAAUGGAGUGAGCCGGGAGUCGGAUGUGUACAGCUUCGGGAUCGUCUUGUUGGAGCUCUUGACGGGGAAGAAGCCGGUGAUGUUCACGCAGGAUGAGGACAUUGUGAAAUGGGUGAAAAGGCAGCUCCAAAGGGGGCAAAUCGCCGAGCUUUUGGAGCCGGGUCUGCUCGAAUUGGACCCGGAGUCGUCGGAAUGGGAGGAGUUUUUGCUAGGAAUAAAGGUUGGGCUAAUUUGCACGGCGACGGAUCCGAACGACCGGCCGACGAUGACGGAUGUGAUGUUCAUGUUGGAGGGGUGCCGAGUCGGGCCGGAUAUCGCAUCAUCGGCAGACCCGACGUCGCUGCCUUCUCCGGCAUGAUCGGAGGCCGGAAUUUGUGAAUUGAGCAUCGGUUUACGUUAUGGUUGUUGGUUAAAUUUUUUGAAGUCAAUUUUAUGGAGGGAAAGGAUGAGGGAAAAGAACAUGUUGAUUUGUUGUUAAUGGACUUACAUUUUGGUUAAAAUUGAAU